AUGGCUCCUCUCCGCAACACUCUUAUCUGCCUGAUGGCCGCAUCAACCGUCUAUGCCGAGCACCUCAGAGUCGUCUGGUCAUCUGGUCACUUCUCAUCAAUCUCCGGCCCCAUCGGCGGCAGCCAGAAUGGCGGAUACAGCGGCUUCGCAAUCCUCAAUGACGCAGGCGAUGCUGUCUACGAUCAGGCCAACCCUGAUGACCAUGCACCCUGCUACCUUGGCUCCGGCCGCGAGUUCACCAUUGAGGGCGACUGCUGGGCCACCCCACGCAAAUUUCAAUGUUCGGCUGACUUCGGAGGCCAGCCUCAAAGCUGUGCGGUCAAGGAUGGCGACGGUAAUGUCUUGGCCGAGGCCGACGCACAGAAGGAUACUACUUUCAUUGGUAUCGCUAUUGGUAUCGACUCUAGCUGUGUUAUCGAAUUCGAUUCUGACAGCGAUGGCUGCCCUAUUGAUGAUGGCAACGGUCCCCUUCACGUUACCUCCGGAUAG